AACAUUAUAGUCCACCAGGGAUCAGUAAGACACAGAUUCAGAGCACUCAAUGACACAAAGACUUUUGUAGUCUCUCUGCUUAGACCAUAUGGGUGUUAAGACAAAAAAGAUGGUUUUAUUAUGCAGAGUUUUUUGUACUCUGUGUGCCCAAAUAUAUUCCUGUUUCCUCCUAGACGGAAUGUGUGCUGUGUUUAGUGAAAGCUGACAUAGAUAAUGCAGACAAGUUUGCAUUAGAAUGCUUGGUCUCACUGGUUUAAGGCAUUAUUCAUUUCACAGUGUCAGAACAAAUCUCUUUCAACCCAGUCGUAAAGAUUUAACAUUAAGCAUUGUCUCUCUGGGGUAUAAUGCACAUAUUCAGGCAAUUCUUGCCAGUGUUCAUUGGAGUCUUCACUAUUAUAACAAAUGAUGAUGACCUUUGCAUUGCUAAUUGUAUUCCUAGAGCCAGAGGAAGUACAGAUGGCAGAAGUGUGCAGGUAUUAAUUUAGUGUGGCAGAGCAAAGUUCAUCUUUGUGCAUAAUAGAGAAAAUGGUAUUUGAAUGCUUGUAGUGUUACAGUUUUGUUUCUAGAUUUGUGUGUGGUACAGAGCUCAGCUGCGGUGACACUGCACAACGGUUCUAACACUAAGUGUAAUUGCAAUGUUCAAAUAUUACACUUUGAUUGUGUAAUUGUUUUUGCAUACCAAAAUUAAAUUAAUUUUACUGCAUCACCUUCCCCCGCUCCCAUAUACAUGUUAUGAACACCCAUUCUUUGUUGAAAUUACAUUUGAUGCAGUCCAUAUUUUAACAAGUGAAACUUUAUCCCUAUUUUAUUGUCACUCCCAAGUGCAGCUUCAAACCUCUGGUAAUCUCAAAGGAAUUAUAUGGCAGCUACACUCUGUUAAAAGAGUAGCAUCUGCAAGAAUGCUAGUUAUCUUGCCUAGUGAAGUGUGCUGGAUUAUAAAGGUCUCUUUAACAUGCGUGAAACUGUCAUUUAGCUCAGACCUUUGGCAGGCUGCUCUAUCCCCCCUUUUCUUUUAUCUCAUCUCUCCCUUUUUUUUUACUGCUUCUUCUCAUUCAUUGAUUUCCCUCUAUCCUUCUAUCUCUCCCCUCCUUAUCCUUCUCCAUUUUUCCACUCCAGACCUCAAUCUAAUCAUAUGCUUUAAUAGACUCAUAGCAUUUUCAUUGUGCCAGUGAUGAGAAUGAAACAUGGAAAAGCCUUAUAAACUGUAGUAAUCUCCGUAACACUGUGCUAAUGCAUCAUUAUUGCUGUAAGGAUUAUUGCAAAAAGUAUCCCCCAGUGGACAUACAUAUACACACAGACGUAUAUAUAUAUAAUCACACCCAUUCCCGUUGAUAUUAAGACACAUUGUUUUGUUUUUGUUUGGCCUUCUGCACAUAAACAUAAGUUAGGCAAAGAUAAAAAAAAUAUAUAUUAUCCUGUGUCCUUAUGCUGUAGCUGGAAACCCUAAAUAUUAUUUUAUGUGAAACGAAGAUGGAAAUUUUCAUGCACAAGGUCUGGUUUUAAUGUGAUAAUCUUGUUUCUGUCUACACAAGCUAUUCUCUGUAGCAAUGCAAGCUGUAACUAUAAUCCUAUUGGAUUUACAACCUCUUGCUUUCUCAAUUUACCCCAGGACUGUGUCACUAUGCAAUUCUGUUUCAAUAAGCUGGACAAGAAAGACUUAUUUGGUCGCUCAGACCCUUUCAUGGUGUUCUACCGGAGUAAUGAGGACGGAACAUGAGUUAGUCAGUUCAUGUUCACUCUGAGUUCUAACACACGUCAGUAUGUUGAAGAACUAAGUUUACUAUCUGUCAUAAGACAGAGGUGAUGAAAAACACACUCAACCCUGUGUGGAAACCUUUCAGCAUCCCUGUGAGAGCCCUCUGCAACGGAGACUAUGAUAGGUAUGCACACACAGUGCCACUCAACAGCAGGAUUAUUUCCUACCAACAAUAGCCUGGCAUUUGAACUGGCCACUUUGUACUACUUGUUUGAACCCCACUCUGGUGAAGAGUACUCCAGAGAUGAAGACCACAUUGCUUUGAUCAUUGAGCUGCUGGGGAUGGUCCCACACAAACUCAUAAUUGCGGGAAACUACUCCAAGGACUUUUUCACCAAGAAAGGUGACCUGAAGCACAUCACAAAGUUGAAGCCGUGGGGUCUGUUGGAGGUUCUGUUGGAUAAGUAUGAGUGGUCCCGUGAGGACGCAGAGACCUUUGCAGACUUCCUGCUCCCCAUGCUUGAACUCACCCCUGAGAAACAAGCUACGGCAGCUGAAUGCCUGCGCCAUCCCUGGCUCGCCCUCUAGUGGCUCUCAUAAACCACUGCAGCCCCGUUUCCCUCCACUUCCACCUAAGAGCCUACAACAUAUCACGUUCCAGUUUGAGUGCUUACCUGAAUAGUACUUAUACUUAUUUGUUUGUGUGUGUGGUUUUUUUUUGUAUGUUUCACCUGAGAAAUACUGUGUUUUCCUGGUGGUUUUAUGUCUUGAGACUUAUUUCCUGAGGCGGCGUUUGUCCUCAAACUCUACUUUUCCCUCUAAAUUUGCACAACAGUUUUAGGGAACAGUUCUUGUAUUAUUCAAGCAGUGCGUUACAUGCUAAAAGGUCAGUUUUCUUUAUUUUGCUAAGAUUUAACUGAACAUGGGGUUGAUGUAAGGGCACAUAUUGUGGGUCACUUUGUUACAUGUUUCCUAGUUUAGGGAGUACGCACACCAGAGAGAGACAAUUAACCAUUAGGUUUAUGUCAUGACUGUAGAAAAUGCAUUUAAGUGAUUUGUAGUUUAUUUUAGCAAAUGCCAUACCACUGUGUAAUUUUGUCUCAAAAAGUGUCAGUUUUUGUACGCAUCAUUUUUUUUUAUCAAAUCUGAGUACACUUGGAGGGUUGCUUUCUCUGCUUCCAGAAAAUGAGUAGCUGUUAAACACCACCCAGAAGAUAGUUGUGAAAAGUAAGAGUGUGUGUUUGUGUGUGUGUGUGUGUGUGUGUAUGUGUGUGUGUGUGUGUGUGGUGUGUGUGUGUGUCUUAUCAGUGUAUAUAUGUGUACCAAAGAGUUUGCCUUGAUCUGUAUAUUACAGCCAUGUACAGUUUUUAAAGAAAUCGUACUAUUGACAACUAAGAUUAUUUAGCUGGACAGUAAUGUUUUAAUAAAAUAUUUGGAAGAUGGGUGAAAUUUGAUUUCUUUAUUUGUAAGUAGGUUCAGUUUUGUGUAGUCUACAGUGUUUGUCCUAAUGGCAAAAUGAUUUAAAAUUGGUGAAACCCACAUAUACUGCAAAGUGUCUCAAAGACUGAAUAAAAUUAAAGCUUGUAAUGUC